GUGCGCCUGCGCGCUGGAGGCGCCGCGGCCGUUGGGACGGGGCGGCACGCGGCAGCUGCCUACCCUCGCCCCCCUCCGGCUCAGCUCCUCCGCGGGCGUGCGCGUGCGCCGGGGACUGCGUGCGUGCGGGAGCGCGCGCAGGCGGUGGCGGGCGGGGCGUCCUCCUCCGCUCGCCCCUCCCACCGGGCCGGGCCGCAGAGCGCGACGUGCGCCGCCGGGGUGGCCGCUUCCCUGGCUGGAGCGGGGGUGGCUGCGCCGCCGCCUCAGCGCCCUGGUGCCGCUGCCGGGCAGGGAGAGGGCAGGCGAGGAGCGGCGGCGGAGCAGAGGAGCCGGGCGGGCAGCGCCGCGCCAUGCGGCUGUGCGGGGCGCUGCUGAAGAGCCCCAUCCCCAAGCAGAUCGAGUACUACUCCCGCUUCUCCCCCUCGCCUCUCUCCAUCAAGCAGUUCCUCGACUUCGGUCGUGACAAUGCAUGUGAGAAGACUUCAUACAUGUUUCUGCGGAAAGAACUUCCAGUGCGACUAGCUAACACCAUGAGAGAGGUCAAUUUGUUGCCUGAUAACUUACUUAACAGGCCUUCAGUUGGGCUAGUACAGAGUUGGUACAUGCAGAGUUUCCUUGAGCUUUUAGAAUAUGAAAAUAAAAGUCCUGAGGAUCCUCAUGUUCUGGAUGACUUUUUAGAUGUUUUAAUUAAAGUCAGGAACAGACACAAUGAUGUGGUUCCAACCAUGGCGCAAGGGGUGAUUGAAUACAAGGAAAAAUAUGGCUUUGAUCCAUUUGUUAGCAGUAACAUCCAGUAUUUUCUAGAUAGAUUCUACACGAACCGCAUCUCUUUCCGUAUGCUUAUUAACCAACACACACUUCUUUUUGGUGGAGAUAUUAAUCCUGCUCAUCCCAAACAUAUUGGAAGUAUUGAUCCUAAUUGUAAUGUAGCAGAGGUGGUUAAAGACGCUUAUGAAACAGCUAAGAUGUUAUGUGAACAGUACUAUCUGGUGGCACCUGAGCUGGAAGUUGAAGAAUUCAAUGCUAAAGCUCCAAACAAGCCUAUUCAAGUAGUCUAUGUACCUUCUCAUUUAUUUCAUAUGUUAUUUGAAUUAUUCAAGAAUUCAAUGAGAGCUACAGUGGAAUUGCAUGAAGGUAAAAAAGAAGGCUAUCCAUCGAUCAAAACCUUAGUCACUUUGGGAAAAGAAGAUCUGUCUAUUAAGAUAAGUGAUCAAGGUGGAGGUGUACCUUUAAGAAAAAUAGACAGAUUGUUUAACUACAUGUACUCAACAGCACCCAGGCCUAGUUUGGAGCCCUCGAGAGCUGUGCCUUUGGCUGGAUUUGGCUAUGGCUUGCCAAUUUCUCGUCUGUACGCUAGGUACUUUCAAGGUGACCUUAAACUCUACUCCAUGGAAGGUGUUGGUUCAGAUGCUGUAAUUUAUUUGAAGGCCCUUUCAAGUGAAUCAUUUGAAAGACUUCCCGUUUUUAAUAAGUCAGCGUGGCGACACUACAAGACCACACCUGAAGCAGAUGACUGGAGCAAUCCUAGCAGUGAACCAAGGGAUGCUUCUAAAUAUAAAGCAAAUCGAUAAUUUGCCGCCUUUUGUCUCUUAGAGAUGACCUCUGCAUUCAGUAUAAAGUCUCUGCUUUGUUCCAGAAUCCUUCAAACCACAGUAGCUAAUUACUUCCAAACAAAGACCUAAUCAGGGCAUUGAAAAAUACUAAGAACAAAGUGAUGAUUGGGACAUAAAGGAAGGCAGUAAGCAUGUUUGGUAUGUGAAUCCUGUCUACUUCACCAGAAUAUGCUUGGUUGCUUCAGUCAUGCAUUGACAAAAGGGAUUGCACUGAUUGCACUUAAGAAUGCAAUGUUGUAACAAAAAGAUACUAUUUGAAAUAGCCAAGGUAAGGAUUGGCCAAAUGUGCAUAAUACCUUUAAAUGGUGAAUAGUAUCUUGCACAGCAAUAUGAUAUAAAAGUUCUAAUGUAGUUAAACAUAUGCUUUGAAAAUCCACUCUGCUGCAUUUUAUAUUGCACGGUGUCACCUGUUACAAAAGCAUCCCUUUGAGCUCUUCAGAUCUUGUAUCAAAUGAGCUUCUAAAUGCAUAGUUCUAAAAAGGGUUGUGCAGCUUUAAAGUGAUGCUUUCCCCAAAUUCCAAAUCCAUUUGUCAAGUGCAUACAAAAAUUAUGUUGUUGUAAGACAUCGGGUUUUCCACUUCUUGGUAUGCACCGUCAUGAUUUUCUUGACACACAAACACAGAAAAGCAUUUCUAUACGUUUUUCCCUGUUUUGUGGAAAGUAGUUGGAUCAUCUCUCCAUAUAAGAAAUUCUGUUAAUCCAGGGGCAGGGCGUAAUUCAAUUUCAUGUUUAUUGCCUAUCAUUUUGGGUCGGUUGGGGAGGGGAAAGAAAUGCUGAAAGGCCAGACAGCCAGUCAUACAAAUGAAUUUGCCUUAAGAGUGUUGGUUGCUUGGAACCAGAUUAGUUUAAAACCUGUAAAUAGUUUGCAAAGUUAUUUAUAUAUUCAAUGUCUGACUAUAGUCUGGUAACCUGAAUUUGUAGUGUAUAUAAAGAUGUUGUACACCAGCUUUUGGAAAGUGUCAUUGGUCUAAAUACAUGAAACUGGAGAUAUCAUAGAAAUGAGAGGGACAAAACAUAGCUUGUACCUGAUUUAAGGAACAAAAAACAUCAAAGAGAAAAACCCUAAGUAUUUUCCCUUAAAUUUAUUGUAAGGGUUAUUGCUGACUAUUAGGAAACUGUUCCUCACCAAGUCUUUUCCAAAUAAUGUUUCUGAUCCUAUGGCCUACUAGAAAAAUUUGUGAAGUUUAGAAGUUCUGGUGAUCUCCUAGCUGUUGGGAAUAAAGGAGGUGAGUUGUGAGCAACUCUGAUGCACCCUCAGUUUCUCAUAGGUGUUUUGAUAUUUUUUUGAAAGAUAUUGCAGAUUUUAGCAUGGAAAAAUGAAACUUGUUUACUAAAACUGUGGGGGAACUGGCCCUUUUGUCCUCCCAGUAUUUAUUUUUAUAAAGAACUGAUCUAUUAAACAGGGAAAUACUGAGGAAUUCCUAGGUAUUUUGUAAAAAUGAAAAUCUUAGUUUGACUCAACGAUAGUACUUUGCACUUAAAUAGCACAUUUCAUCAAAGGAUUACAACACGGUUUGAGCAAUAAACUUCACGUAUCCCCAUGUCUGAAGAGCUGGAGUCCCUACCUUACAAACCCUUAACUUCUAUCUGUUGCAGUCAGUUAGAAGAAUUUGUAUGUGAUUAGUUUGUGAGUUUGCAGGGCUCAAGGCUCUGUGGGCUUCACUACACUGUAUAGGUGAGUCACAUUGGAGCACCAGGUUGUUUGUAAUGUGCUCUCAUACACAUCUCUGAAGUGCUGCCGUACUGUUUGGAGGUGGAAGUACUGGGACAGCUGCUGAAGGCCGUCAGGUUCGUUACCUGCUAAGCUGUGCCCUGCUGAGGCCCCUCUGCCAGCAGAUGGGAAGAGGAAGCGUGCCGAUGGGGCUGUCCUAUUCCUGAACCAGACUCAUUUGACCCUGGCUGGUGGAUCUUUACAUGGCAUGGAGAGGGUGUAACGCCUGUGGCUUCUGGAGCAAUAAUUUCCCACUGCUGCAGAGAAGGCAAAUUGCUACUGAAGCGAUACAGCUAUGCUGCUGGGUGAAAUCAGAGUAAUAGUUUGACCGAAACACCAGUUGGAAGUCACAGCUACUAAAAUUUAGUCACUUGACUUGUGCCCUCACCCAUAACUUCUUACUGUUUUUUAAAUGAAUUUCAAAUUGUGUAUGUUUUCUAGUGACCACAGAGGAGGGCUUGCUUAAAAAUAGAAAUUUGUGAUGAAACUAGUAUUUUCCCAGUUGUGUAUGGUCAGCUUUUCCUAGAACAUUUCCUAAAAUAUGCUAAGUUUUUGUAAAAAGCUAAUUUUCACUUUUGUUAGAAGUUGUAUUUUGAAGCAGUAAAUCCUGACCUGGCGCUUCUUUUUGGCUGUCUCCUUAUGCACGAAGAGGGGAGGGAACAGAAAGAAAGGAUGCAGGUAUAUUGAACUUCUUUUCAUGAAGUGAGUAUAAACCACGGAAGCCAGUGAAUGAAAGCUGAAGAUGCUGUGGAAGAUACUACGAUAUAUUAGUCAUUUCACCACUUUGUUCACAAAAACAACUGGCUGGCUUUCAGGACUGAAGUGCUCGAGUACUUGAAAACUGAAGUCCCCCAAAACAGCACUUAUUUCCAAGAACCCUGAGUAUGUACUAACGUCUUGAAGCAGGAUGGUAGAGCACAAGGAAUGCAUUUUCUUUCCAUUUCCCAAGGUCUGUUUGUGUGCAUUAUGGUGAAUAUGAGAAGCCACUUUUCUCUCUAACCUUGUUUAGGCAGCCGGUGCUUUAGUGGAGAUCCCAGGUAUGCCAUAAAUUGUUCUUCGUUUAUAAUCCUUGUGCCAUGUUUCUACAUAGGGGUAUUAGUCUGAAAACUGUCUUGGGAAACAACAGCAGCAGACCUUCGAUUGGGAGAGAGUUUUUCAGUGGGAGUUCCUGAAAAAUGAAGGCAGAUGGGGUUUUAAUAUGGCUGGUUUAACUUCAGAUACUGAUCUUUGUUCAGUUAUUUUUAUCUUUGAUGGGAGUUUGUUCCAAUUAUUUGUUUUAAUAUCUUGAGGCUGUUAAUACCAAACUUCCUGAUGAUAUAAAAGUAUAUUUCUUUUUAUGGACUUCAGAUGUAUGACUUGCUAACGUUGCAACCUGCUUGUCUUGAGUUACAGGACACAUAAGUAGGAAAAAAAUGUUUUCAGUGAAAAUGCUUUGUAUUUGUUGUGUUUAGUGAUAGAAAGAAACAAACUGAGCAACAGAUGUUUGCUCCUUGAUUCUUCCUGGGAAUUUACAAACAACUUCUGUAUGUCGUAGUGUAACAAACAGCUCAACUUUUUUGUCCGGUGUGCAUUUUUCUGGUGUUAUGUCUUGAGCGUAAUCUUAAUAAUCCCCUGCCUAGUUUAACAUUAAUAGAUACUGAAGUAUCUUCAAGUCAUAUACUUGUUUGUGCUCCCUGCUCUUCUAGGCUUUAUUUUGAGGCUGACAAGGGGUCUUUCAGAAUCUGCACUUGAUGAGAAACAUUCAGAAGAUACUGAAAUGCUUCUUUUGCAACUUACAUGUAGUCUUUGCCUCUGUACUUGACUGUGGUGACCUAGGAUAGUACUGAGAAAGUUUUUGUCGUGCUGCAGUUUGUGCUACCUCUUGGGCAGUGUUUAAAGCAGGUCCCUCGACA